UCCGGGAGGCGGGGCUUGCGUUCGCUCCCUGACUGAGGAGCGACGCGUUACCGCUCAGCGACGCCGCUCCGAGACCAGGCUUCCGAACAAGUCCUUCGCGGGAUCGAAUUGGCUGGUCGGCAGUCAUCUGCACCGCGGCCCGCUUGCGGUCAGAGGAAUCAGGGCCCUACCCGGCCGCCGUAGCCACCUCUCUGUAGUGGGCGGGGCCAAAGCCGGGGUGACCCCCGCCGGAGCCACCUCUGCCAGCAGCAUGUUCAAGGUAAUUCAGAGGUCUGUGGGGCCAGCCAGCCUGAGUCUGCUCACCUUCAGAGUCUAUGCAUCACCUAAAAAGGACUCACCUCACAAAACUUCUGUGAAGGUUAAUGAGCUUUCACUCUACUCCGUCCCUGAGGGUCAAUCUAAAUAUGUGGAGGAGCCAAGGACCCCACUUGAAGAAAGCAUUUCACAUCUCCGACGUUACUGCGAGCCAUAUACAAGUUGGUGUCAGGAAAUGUACUCACAAACUAAGCCCAGGAUGCAGAGCUUGGUUCAAUGGGGGUUAGGCAGCUAUGAAUAUCUCCAAAAUGCACCUCCUGGAUUUUUUCCAAGACUUGGUGUUAUUGGUUUUGCUGGCAUUGUUGGACUUCUUUUGGCUAGAGGUUCAAAAAUAAAGAAGCUGGUGUAUCCACCUGGAUUCAUGGGACUUGCUGCCUCUCUUUAUUAUCCACAACAAGCCAUUGUAUUUGUCCAGGUCAGUGGGGAGAAAUUAUAUGACUGGGGUUUACGAGGAUACAUAGUCGUAGAAGAUUUAUGGAAGAACUUUCAAAAGCCAGGAAAUGUGAAGAAUUCACCUGGAAAUAAAUAGAAUGCUCCAUGCUCUGCCCAUUUUAAUCAGUUAUAGGUAAACAUUGGAAACUCCAUGCAGUAAACCAGUAUUUCUACAGAAAAAUGGCAGAGAAGCCAGUACUGAAUAUAGUAAAUUGGCUUUCUUCAGGACAAACUAUACUAGGCUUCUUUGUUAUCUUGGGUGAUGCCAUACUGCAAGUGGACUAAUCGGAAAUCCUUUCACCUAGAGAUAAUGUCUAGCCUUAGAACUCCUCAUUCUCAAGUUGCUAUUUAUGUACAUAAUUAAAAUUCCAAAUUAAAAGAAA